AUGCUUUCACGUCUUUCACAAAGACUUCAUCGAACAAUGAAACCACUUAUUUUUGUUGAUUUUGAUGAAACCAUCACCACCAAAGAUACUAUUGGUUUAUUAGGACAAACUGGAGUGCAAUAUCAUGGUUCACGUACUCCCUGGUCUUUUUUUGUACAAGCUUACUUGGAUGACUACAAACGAAAACAACAACAAAUAUUACAAAAAGGUACAACUCUGAAACAACAAGUAGAAUAUAUGGAUCAAUUUCGACAUGUUGAAAAGGCUUCUUUGGAUCGGAUAUCUCAUUGGGGCAUCCUGAGUGGAUUCACACGACAACAGUUAUAUCAAGCAGCAGCCUCUCAAGUCACUCUUCAACCUUCAGUACAGGAUUUAUUGGAACAGGUGGGUCCUACUCGACUUUAUAUUGUUUCAUUAAAUUGGUCAAAGGAUUGGAUCCGUGGUGCAUUAUUAUCUGGACAACAUGAUUUUGACUUGAAAGAUGAUCAUAUGCUUUGUAAUGAUCUUGUCUUUGAUCCCGCCACUCAAAAAUCAACAGGGAUCAUCCAACCAUCUAUUUUGAAUACGUCCGAUAAGUUUCGUCAUAUUGAAUCCAUUCUUCAACAAUCAGUCGAUCAUCCACGUAGUAUAUAUAUUGGGGACUCUAUGGGUGAUUUGUUACCAUUAGUGGAAUGUGAUAUUGGAAUCAUCAUAGGAAAAAAUCAACAACUAUUAGACACUUUAGCACAAGCAGGAAUUAUUGUAAAAGAAGGAUUAGAUUCUUAUUCGACAACAAAUACUAUCAAGGUGGUUUAUCAAGUGAACGAUUGGCAGACAAUAUUAAAAAGUGGUAUCCUAGCAUAG